UGAAAGUGGCGCCAUAUUUGAAAUUGCUCGGUGUUGAAGGAAGGGUGGUCUAGAGUUCACUGACUGCGGCGCGUCAACAGCGAUUUUUGGUACUUUUGCAUACUUUUUAAUUGAAACGGAAGAUCGUGUCGUGAUUCUAAAAGGAACUCGGCGUCAAAUGUAUUAAAAAUAAUUGAUAGAGACGGGUUCGCAGUCGGUUUCAGCACGAUGUCCAGUGUAGGAUUCCAAAGGAACAACUGGCGAAGGAACUUUCAGGUUUUCUACACCAAGAAACGCCCAGAAGUGGCAAGAAAGUAUCCAUUUCUUGGCGCAAAACAAAUUCAGAGAAAAGUGGAAGAAUUGUGGCGGAGACUUGACCCAAGAGAAAGGGAGGAAUUUAGUGCUAUUUCUCCGUCUGUUGCGGACAACUUCAGAGGACAGCCCUUGCAAUCCUCGCAACAUUCAGACGAAGAAUCACUCAAUCCGAGGACUACUACACGAGAAAAGAAACCCUACAACCAUGUCAGUCUACAUAUCUCCUCAGAAGCGGAGUCUGAUAGCAACUCCUACCUUCCAAGAACAGAUCGGAACAGAUUCCAAUCCUCAACCAGAUCCAAAAGUCUGCUGACAAUCCACAUGGCCAGAAUGCAGAUGGUUGCAACAACUUCAGAAGGUAUUGGGAAUGGAGCAAUCAUAAGGAGCAGCCACUCAGAAUCUGAGGGCAUCUCAUGCUCUGAGGAUUGGUUUGAUCAAGAUAUUGUGACAGAAGAGCUACCAGAAAAAAAACAUAGCUGCUACGUUGCAGAACAUACUAAAUCCAAGGAGGUUAACCUCCUUGCUAAAUCCAACCUGUCAGAGAAGCAAGAUGGACAAGAGCUCUUAGUAGAUAAAAUUGUGACUAGGGAAUCUACAGAAUUUCUUGAUGAAGAUAAAAAUGCAACAGACGCAGGAGACACAAAAGAAGAAGAUAGUGCUAGAGAGAGAAAUGAAGAUUUUGGAGAACAUAUUCUCAGUCUGGAGUCAAUGAGAGCAAUUACAGAAUACCUCAAUAGUAGUGGAUUGAGUGCUACAUUCAACACAAGUGCCUCUGAGGAUGAAAAAGAAGAGAGUGAAACUAAGAUUUUGAUAGAGUCAGCUAUUGACAGUUUGGAGACCAAUCUAACAGAAGACAAUAAAGAGGUUGGAAAAGCUGAAAAGAGACAGCAAAAAAGCACACCAGAAUCUAUUCAUGAUAGAGUUGGCAGUAUUCUGUCAGGGAUUAUUAACAAAGCUGCUCAGAAUGCAGAUACUAACACAGCCACCUAUUAUAAAGCAGUUAAACAUGGACAGCAACAUGGAAAGGAGAAUAUCAAAGGGCAUGAAUAUCACCCAAGUGGCAACAGAAGCAACAAUGUACAAGUUAUGGAUGAUGUCUUGCCAAUAACACCAGGAGAGACCAGGGACAGUGGAUCUGAAUUGUGGGAUAGUAUGUUCUGGAAAGGAACACCACUGAAGUCAAAGAGGAGAUACACAAGAAAAAGGUCAUCUUCUUUUUCAGAAAGUGGAGAUGCACAGGAGGUGGAGACAGCUGUAGAAGAGUGGUUGACAGGCCAUCCUGAUAGACAACCAGAGACUCCUCACACAAACAUCAUAGACAUGAAUGACACAUCUGCCAACAUGCAUACUCCUCGCUCUUCUGGUGAUGUUGAUACAAACAGGCUCAGUCAGAAUGUCACUCAGCACUCAGUUCCUAGUGCUGAACAAAGGGAGUGUGACAACACUAUAAAUAAAGAAAACAACUCAGGAUUGACAACUAGGCAGAAUGUCAUCCCAACUGAAAGUGAGCAGCAUGUAGACAAGCAAAUGACAGGAAACAGUAGUGGGAAUGAAACAGAGACCACCAAGACUAGGUUCAUGAGGAGAGGAACUCCCAGACCUGCAGAAAACACCAUGGUAAGGCUGCUGACAAGAGACUACAACAUGACCACCAGAGCUCAGUCAAGAGUGGAUAAGAGAAACACACGGAGCAACGUGUUGGACUACAGAAGGUUAAGUGGAAUGAAGAGCAGGGAACGUAAGACUCCGAGCAAGAGAAACUGGCAAAGAAACAACAGCAAAGACUCCAUUCUCUCCUGUGAUUCAGGGCCAAGCAUGAGAACCCCUCGACAUAGGGGCAGGAAAAGGAAGAGGCAUCUAUCAACAUCAUCUGUUGGGAGUGACUUCUCUACCACCAGCUCUGUACUUGAGCUACAGGAGGAUCACCAAUGGGAAGAUGGGCCUGCUGAAGAGAUUGAAUUGAGAAAUGAUCAGACAAAAGAGGGUCUUCGGCACUCUGAAACAAAAGUAAAAGAUGUUGUGGACAUUCAGAAAGACAAAAUUAUUAACACAAGUGUUUCCCCUGCAACAGUUUGCCACCUUUCUGUGUCACCGGUUGAUUUUGAUGAACAGAUAGAUAAGAAAGGUUUAAAGAGCAGUCAAGAAAAAGAGACACCUGAUGUACAGUCAAAGGAGACUGUUGAUCCAAACAACGAAGUUGAAAGAGGAGAAGAUGAUCCCUGGGACCUGCACACUGAAGAAACAGAACAAGAUGAUUAUUUCAAACAAGAGACUGUCCCAAGCUCAUCAGGAGGGUUUCUGUGUGAUUUGUUCUCUGAUCCUAAGCCCAACACAGGAGCCUGGCUACCUGGGUUCAACAGGUCUGUUCCUGACUGUCCUGAAUCAGAUGCAAACUUCAUAGACCUUGAUGAUGCUGGAAUCUUCCUGUAGUAGACACUUUUUCUUACCUGUUUUAACUUAUUUGUAACCUUUCUUAAAUAUUCAUAUACUACAUUAAUCUAGACAUAAAAUCAAGUGUUCAUGGUCAUUGGCUUCAAUCUCUUAUGAUAAGUAAUAAGGUGCUAUCUCAAUCGUAGCAAUUUAUGUUACAAGUAAGGAUAUUUCAUAGAAACAAAGUUAUAUAAAAGGGGUUGGAGCAGCUUUCUACUUUUUGUGUGUUUGGUCUUGUUUUGAGUUUGGCUUCAACUCCUCAAAAUAUUGAGCAUAUUGCUAUGAAGUCAUCAUUCAUUUAAAGAAUGGUGUGCAACCUUUUUUGCACCUUUAGGAAACAGACAAUCAGAUCAAUCAGAGUGGAAGACAGUAACCAUUAGUAAUCUUUCUCAAGGUUUGUUGAGUUUAGUUUCUACAUCUACUGAUGAAAUGUUCCUGAUAAUUAAAAUAUAAGCAACCAGUUUUGAUCCUACGUUGUUUGCAUGGUGCAUAGCGUUGAUUAUUUGUAAAUCGUUGUUCUAGUUUUUACAUGGAGACAUGUGAAGUACUUUUUUUAUAAACACAAAAUAAAAACAUGGACAAAACAGAUGUGUAUCAAUGUACAUUUAAUUGUCUACACAUACAACUGUGCUCAAAAAGGAAAGUCCAAAGGUUGUCUGAUUCCACAUAACAAUGUUGACACUGUAUGGUGCUGAGGUAUGUGUACAUACAUAAUAAAUGUUAUGGUGAUCUGGCCACAGGACAGAUUUUUUUUAUGAACAGCACUUCAAGUAACAAUUGUACAUUGUAAGUACUUGCAGAGUUCAUAGCAGACUGAAUAUUUCAAAAUGUCAAGGCCUAUCUAGCAUGGUCCCAGCUUAACAAGGUUUUUCCCAAAUACAACUUUGUUUUCACAUAUUCUCUGCUUGGUUCAGUUCAUACAUGAAUAUUACAGCUCCAAUGACCAGGUGUCACAGACCACCAUAGAGGCAUUGGUCAUUAAACUUUCAUAAGUCCCAGCAAAUUUCUCUGGUAAAGUGUACACAUAUUGUGUAAGUGUUUUGUUGUCUCUCUUUUGUUGCAUAUUUUUAUGCCACUGAUCAGGUCAUACAGUAAAUCAUACAGAUCCAGUUUUGGUUGCUCAACAGUUGUAAGGAACUAACUUUUUCACCAGGCAUCAUAUUUUCUAGGCUUGUAGUGAAAGAAGCUGCAGAGUAAAACACAAUGAAGCUUCUUGGCUAAUAACAGUCUGGUUAAUAACUUACUAUCAAUAAAGAU